AUGCCGCGCAAGGCAUUCGUUGCCGACCUCUCAAAGGCCGUUGAGAAUGUCUCGGUCGCGGGUAUCUCAGACGUACAGACGGGUGGCGACGAUGGAGAGUUCACUUUCAUGUGUGUCGCCGACGGCCAAGCCCUCAAGAUUUCUGUUCUUGUACCAGAACUCUCCGACUAUCCCACAAGUCACAUGUGCAUGAUCUUCGCCCCGGAUAACGCUCCUGCCAGCGUAGCUUCAUCACUUAACGACAUCUCCGACGCCGCUACCGGCAGGACUAUUCAACAGAUCCUCGAACUCGUGUCUAGCAGACUUGAGUCGACCGAUUGGGAUGGCGACCAGCAGAUGCUCGAUUCUCAAGAGUUUGAAGAGUUCGACGAGGAUGCCGGUUUCGAUGAGUAUUUCCCAGGCGAUGAGGAGAUGCGUCCCCGUUCUCUGUCAAAUGGCCGCGUGAGCUCGGCACCAGGAGGCGGCUUCACCGAAGCUACCGAACUGUUCAAGCAUCGGAUUCGACGUGAUCUUCUUACGGCCAAGAAGCAGGGUUUCAAAGUUGGGCACCUAGGAGGCUUAAUUGAGGGCCUGUCUUGCUAUGUCAGUAUUUCUGUACGCAUUGCCAAGCUGGGUAUCUCAGAAGAGGCCAUGCAAGCAUGGCAGCUCGAACCUACAGAGUAUCUCGUGGUCAUUUUCCAUUAUCCUGCCGGAUACAAGAGCAUGGACGACCUGAGGUCAUAUGAUGGCUCAACGGCGCGCCGCAACUUUGGCAUCCGCAUCGGCAUCUCAACAACAUACAAACCCACGAUGCAGGAGGCGAUACAAGCUUUCACUGUCCUCAGCAAGGAAGAGGAGAAGCGUCGCGAGGCAUCACAGGCGAACGACUCGCAGCAGCCAACCACAUCGUCGAACGGUUUCCGCAACUCCUUCAUCUCACGGCCCUUGAACGAACUCCUAGAGCAGCGCUUGCACCCAUUGCUAAACUACCGUUACGGUGGCAUGCCGUGGAGCGGUGCAGAGCUAUUUCACAACGACCAGAUCCUUCGAGCAUCCGACACCAGACAUGCUGAUGGUUCGGAAGACAAAUACUACGAGCCCGAGCAUGUCAGUACACUGUACCCUGAGUUAGUGACCGCCGAUCACAUUCAAGAAUCGAUGAGCGCGGAGCACUCCCUUCCCCUCGUCGGCAUGCAAUUCGUGCUGCGUCACUUUGUGAGAUGCACCGAAUUCUGCCUGAUCUGUUUCAGCAAGAUGCCAGACGACUUGCAAGCUAUCAAGCCAUACGUUUGCGAUAAUCCGCUGUGUUUAUACCAAUACAUGUCGCUAGGAUUUGGCCCAAGCAUCGAGCACGAGAUCCUGUCGCAGCCGAAGGUGGUAGACUUGCUUAUAAGCUUCUGUUAUACCAGCGCCCGAUUUGGUAGACUAAGGGACUUCCCUUCGGGUCUCAGCCUGGCAGUUCCUCCACCCGAAUCAAACGAGACGUAUGCGAUGACCGAGCAGCAGUAUCGGGGAUAUACCACACCGGCACCACCACAAACUCUGCAGAAAGGUGUUCUUGAAGAGAGGGCUGCAACCCAGGCGAGGUACAACCCAGCGGCAAAUGAACUGUUGUUCGAAAACAAGGACCAGGUUUGUCCUCUUAAGGAUGCUCAAUGGAUCGUCUUACGAACAGACGACGCCCCCGACAAGGCAAUGCAUUGCCGCGUCCUUGAUGCUUCACUUUACCCUACAGUUCAACUGUCUGCCCCAAUUUUGCCAGUGGUGCCAGAUUUGACGUCUCAGCAAAACUUCUAUGGUCGGCUGCAACCACCCGCAAACCAGCCUGCCAAGCCAUCGCCGGCUCCUCGUCCACCAGUGAAGGAAUUCCAAGCCGCAAGUUUCUACAUUUACGAGCAGAACUUUGACGAUCUCUCGGACAACCAGAAGCGACAGGCCAUUUCAGCAAUGCUAGACAUGCUUCCUACUGUUAACGAGAUGAAGAAGUAUUUGGUUCGCAAGGCUCAAUCACCAUUGAGUUCUUGGGUCGAUCGUCUACCGCCUGCUGUGCUUGGACUACUGCGCUGGAUCAUCGCGUCCAAUCGAGCAUGCAUUGUGCAGGUCGAGAACGAGGACGACAGCUCGAGUGGACGGAAAGCUGAAGACGCUCUCUACGGCAUGACGGGCUGGACGCAAUUUCGCUUUGCCAUGGGCGCGCCUGACAAAGAGCGACGCUUCAUCAGUGCGGUCCGAGAUACGUCGGCUAGGCUCAGUCUCAAAUACCCGACGCUGUUUGCCUGGCACGGCAGCCCCAUGCAGAACUGGCACAGCAUCAUUCGUGAAGGUCUGCAUUUCAACGAGACCCUUCAUGGUCGGGCAUUCGGCAAUGGAGUCUAUCACGCACUUGAUGUCAACACUAGCUUGGGAUAUUCUCAAUAUGGGUCUGGAUCUGGCUGGGCGAACAGCGAGCUUAAAAUGUCGCAAGCUUUGGCACUCAACGAGAUUGUCAAUGCACCGAGCGAGUUCACAAGCAAGACCCCGCAUCUGGUCGUUCCUCAACUUGACUGGAUCCAGACUCGCUAUCUCUUCGUCAAUACUAGGCAAGAUUACACCGUCGGUGCUGCGACUACCCCUGACAAAGGCACGAAGCCUCACGACUAUAUCGACCAAGAUCCUCAGAUGACUCCGAAAGGUGUCAACGGUGCGCUCGUGAUUCCAAUUCAUGCUAUUUCAGGUUCGCGGCGGCCUAAGCCCAAGGUCACCAGCGUAUGUUACCUAGCCAAGAACUUGAUGAUACAUACUAACCACCACCAGAAGAACAAACGGCAAAAGGCUACUAGUGGCAGCCAAUACGAUCCUAUCGAGAUUGACGACGAUGACGAUGGGGCGAGUGUGGCGACCCUGGAGGAAGACCACGCAAUUCUCGAGGACGACAACCUGAUUAUGCCCGAACACAACCCGCUUCUCACACCCAACUCAGUCUCGGGCGACAAGGGCAAGGGUAAGCUGGGGGGCUUUGUAUCCAAGCUUUUCGGUGCCAAGUCAAUGCCGACUCAACCCCUCACCGACUACGUACCUGGUACACUGGACUACAGCAAAUUGCCUAUGCUGCAAAUGCCAGCGUGGGCUACUAGCGGAGCCACGAGACGCCUGAUGAAGGACUUCAAGGAUCUCAUCACCGUCCAGAAAUCAACUCCUCCGCACGAACUUGGCUGGCACAUCGAUGAGGAAAAAAUGGAGAAUAUGUACCAGUGGAUCGUGGAGCUGCACUCGUUUGAGUCUACCUUGCCGUUGGCGAUGGACAUGAAGAAGGCAAAUAUCAAGAGCGUCGUCUUGGAGCUUCGUUUUGGCAAAGACUAUCCGAUGAGUCCGCCCUUUGUCCGUGUCAUUCGCCCUCGUUUCCUGGGGUUCGCCCAGGGCGGCGGUGGCCACGUCACUGCUGGCGGGGCGAUGUGCAUGGAGCUUCUGACCAACGACGGCUGGAGUGCUGCGUCAUCGAUAGAGUCCGUCCUCCUGCAGGUCCGCAUGGCUAUCUCAAGUCUCGAUCCAAAGCCUGCUCGUCUAGAGAAUCAUGGACGCGUGGACUAUGGUGUGGGCGAGGCUGUCGAGGCAUACAUGCGUGCUUGCGCAGUACACGGCUGGACUGUUCCACCGGGCUUCCGGGAGAUGGCUUUAGGAGGCACACCAGCUGGCGAUCCGUACAAUCCAUACUAG